GACGUAGGUGCGGGCCGCAUGAAUGGAGCGUCGGGCGUAGGGCAAAGCCUGGCCCCGUCCGCGCGGCGGCUACCUGCUCCGGGAGUGUGAGUGCGGGGAGUGGGCCGUGCGCGUGCGCGCUCGGAGGGCGCGUGGUGGGCGCGCUGGGCCGUUGCGGGCGUGUGGCUGCAGGGAUUGACAGCAGCGGAGCCGCGCGCCCGAAGGGCCGGUAGUUGUGGGGCCUCCCCCCUGGCCCCGGGCAGCCGGCAGCCGUGGCGGCCACCGGGGACCGCAAGGGGCGGAGGAAAGGAGGGACCCGGCCCCGGCACGCGGAGGAACAGUCAAGCAUGCCCCGAGACAACAUGGCCUCCCUGAUCCAACGGAUCGCCCGCCAGGCGUGCCUCACCUUCCGGGGCAGCCGGGCAGGCCGCGGCGCUUCCGACCGCGGCGCGGCGCCAGGCACCGAGGCCCCGAUGCCGCCGGGCUUCUCGGAUAACCUGAGCAAGCUGAAGGGCCUGCUGACCCAGGUCCGCGCCGAGGACCUGAACAUCGCCCCGCGCAAGGCCACGCUGCAGCCGCUGCCGCCCAGUUCGCCGCCGGUCACCUACAUGCACAUCUACGAGACCGACGGCUUCAGCCUCGGUGUGUUCCUGCUCAAGAGCGGUACGUCCAUCCCGCUGCACGACCACCCGGGCAUGCACGGCAUGCUCAAGGUGCUCUACGGCACCGUGCGCAUCAGCUGCAUGGACAAGCUGGAGGCGGGCGGUGGGCAACGGCCGCGGGCCCCGCCACCGGAGAAGCAGUUCGAGCCGCCGCUGCAGGCCCGGGAGCGGGAUGCCUUGCGGCCGGGCGUGUUGCGCUCGCGGGCGGAGUACACUGAGGCCAGCGGCCCCUGCGUCCUCACGCCGCACCGGGACAACCUGCACCAGAUAGAUGCCGUGGACGGGCCCGCCGCCUUCCUGGACAUCCUGGCCCCACCCUACGACCCCGACGACGGCCGGGACUGCCACUAUUACCGGGUGCUGGAGCCGGUCAGGUCCAAGGAGGCCUCCAGCUCGGCCUGUGACCUGCCCCGAGAGGUGUGGCUCCUGGAGACCCCGCAGGCCGAUGACUUCUGGUGCGAGGGGGAGCCCUAUCCAGGUCCCAAGGUCUUCCCGUGAAACCGCCGGCGCCCGGGAGCGGUGGGCAGAAGACGUGCCCCUCCCCGAUCUGGGCCCGGCUACCCUCGACCCACUAAAAGGGCUCUAUCCCUACUCUCCCGGCCUUCGACGUUGGAUCUACUGGAAUGAGCAGUAGCUGCUUCUUCGGGAGCCGUGGAAAGCGCAGGCGACUGGACUGCUGCCACCGAGCACGGUUGUGGGGGCGGUGUACCCCCAGAAGCUAGGUUGUAUUCUGGCUCUGCCACUGCCACCACGGUUUUGAUUUGGGGGGUGGGGUGGGAGACUGUCUGAAGUGCUUCCAUCCUAAAGCCAUAAUGAAAAUAUUCUCCCCCAUUCCCUAUCUUAUCCAAAUAUACUAAAGAGUUCUUUUUUUUUUUUUCUUAGGUUAUUUGUGUUUGUUUUUUCACAUACGACCUUACUCCCUUUUACUCCUCAUUGUUACAGUUUUAACUUAUUGACUGUGCAUGACCCGGUAGUUUGAAUUGUUUUUAAUUCAAGUCAUUGGUAAAAACUAGGUUUAAUGAGAUGGACCUACUAUUUAAAGUGCGUUGACCUGCCUAUUUAAUUUCGUUGUAAAAAAAUAAUCCUUUUUCAGAGCUGGGGGUCGUCUCCCAACCAUAACUAUGCAUGUAGAGGACAAGAUGUAUUUUCUUUCUUCCCCUUGCCUAGUAGCUACAUCUGGUUCACUAGGGCAUAACCUACUAAGAAAUUCAGCAUCUGCAUAUCUCAGUCACAAACCGUUUAGAGCUUACUUCCUCAUGAGCCUCCAGAUCUGAGUUGAGCAGAUUUCUUGUAACAGAUUCACCUUUAAUGCAAAAACUAUAUUAUCUCAAAUGGCUUUUUUCCCCGUUUUAAUGUAUAUAAGACUCAGAAAAACUGAAUGUUAUGCUUCCAAGUAACUUAAUGUAAAACACUCCUAGCCACCUGUUGAAUUUCAUACCCCUGUUUACUUCCAGUAUUUUCCUGCAAAGUUAGAGAAAAACACGUUGAUGAAUAUUUCACAUUUCCUCAGGAUAGGUGGUACUAGCUAUGUUGUUGCUGGCAGUGUUAUCUCAGAACCUGUCAAAUAGGAGACAGUGAGUGCUUGCUUCAUCUAAUGUAGCUUUCUGUAGGAAAAGAGAGAAGGGACAGAUGAUCAAGGCCAGAGAGUUGAGAAUUAACUAUUAUUGUUAUUAGCCACCUCCCACUCCCAGCCCCUUGAAAUUAACAGCUGUGCCAUCAGCGACUAGUUUUAUUUUUGCCUUUUUUAAUAGGUUGAGCAACUUUACCUUGUUUACAAAUGUAUUGACACCAUUUGCUUCAGGCCAUGUUUCUUUUUACUAUUUAUAGGAUUUCCUUUUCAUAAAACUUUUAAUAAAAACAAGCUGAAGAAAUAAAUGCAUUAAAAUUUUCCCAGCUGUCAUCUAAGCCCUCUUGAUUGACUUGCCCAUGUGGCAAUAGAGUUUGAAUAUCUGUAAUAAAGGGAGAUUUGCUAUUGGUGGAAAGUGACUCUGUAGGAAAAUGUAUGUGCCUUUGCCUUUUUUGGUACCCUGGGUACAGAGGCCCAGGGUGAAGAAAUAUUUGUUCCCAAUUUUUAAAUAGAAUGGAUAAGCAAGUUCUUAUUGAAAGAUUUUUUUAAUAAAAAAAGCAGCUUAUUCAAUAUGGCAUGCCACUCUGUUGUAAAACCUGACACAGUCAUAAUAAUGUGCCUACUGGCAAGCAGUUUCCUCCAGGAAUCCUAAAAUUGUUUUAUUGUAGCUUCACAUUCUGGUGUGGUUUAUUAUGCCUGGGGGGCAGUUUGAAGCAGUCUUCAUGCCCUUGGUUUGAAAAUAAGUUCUAGAUAUGCAAAUGAUGAUUUUCUUAGAAAAGUGUUCACAAAAUAAAAUGUGAGUUUUUUUAUAGCACAGUAAUGAACCUGUAUGAUUAUCACCUACCUUUUUUGAAUUAUAUUGUAGCAAAAAGGUGAUUAACUUACCAAGUUUGUUGGUAGUUGGACUACAUUAAACUAGCCUACAAAAACUCAUUUUGGAAAUAGGAUAAUAGUAAAGGAAGAACUGUUUUUACAAACUUUAUUAUGAAAAAGGCUUUGCAGUCCUCAAUUACAAGCAGUUUGGAGGGGAAAAACAAAGGUGCUUUUCAAAAGAAUAACUGAAAUUGUUGCAGGCCAAAACAGCAAUGCGAUAUCAGUAAGAACAGUGAAAUUUUGGGUUCACCAAUAAAUUGAGUAAAUUAAUGGUGAAGACAAAAUUUAACUUGUUUUAGUGAGCCACAAAAUAAAUAAAUAUUCUCAUUACAGAAACAAAAUGUGGUGCAGAAAAAUCUUGCAUCUCUAUGCAUAAACUGUUAGUCAUGACUGACUUCAUAUGCUGCUGUUGUUUCCAUGUAUUCCUGCAUUAUAGACUAUCUUUUGGUAACAACUGUGGGAUAAAAGUUAUCUUCCCCUAGGAAAGACUAAUGAGCACAAUGCUAUUAACCAUUUAACUUUUCUGUUAAAGAACGAAUGCAAUAACUGCCUCUCAUGGGUGAGAAAUUGUCUGUCUAAAUACUUAGCUUUUUAGUUCUCACAUUAUGUCAAUGACCAGUUUUAUUAAAGGAGGACUAUAUUGUUGUGUACCUGCCUACUACUUUAGAACUGAUUUUUACUAAGAUUGAUUUUACACCAGCAGCUGUUCAUUAAUGAAAAUGGUGGGCUACUUUUUAAAGUAAUAUGUGUUUUAUCAUCAGGAAUGGGUUCUUUGACCUUUUAACAUUAAUAGCCCUUAACUUCUCCCAGAAUCCACUUCUUUUGUUCCUCCUUCUAAGUGCCUCAAUCUCGGCAUCUUGGGAGGACUUUGUCAUCACCUGUCUAUUCCAGUUGAUUCUGAAUCUUGUGCUCUGCCCAAUGAAAAAGCAAUAUAUCCUUAAUUUAGGACUCUGCCCAAUGCUGUUCACCUGUAAUCUGAGGGCAGUGUCACUCCACUCUUAACUGUGCUGGUCUGAAUUCAGAACUAGGUUACGUACAGUAGCGACCACUGAUCACUUCCAGCCACUGAUCACUUCCAGUGUAAUGAGGCAUCUACUGAGAAAAAAGGAAACCAAUUGUUAUUCCCUACGUGGAUAAUCUUCACACCCAGGAAUAUUUGCAUUUCCUGGAUUAAAAUCAUUCAGUAUAUUUAUGGAAAAUAAAGAUGUUUGAAAUUA